AUGGCGGACCAGUCUCAUUUACCCACCGCGGCGACCGAGACCAGCGCCAUGCCCGAGGCCACGCGCAGAGCCGCUCGUCGCAGCUCACCAGUUCCAAAAGCAGCGCCAGCUACUCCCGCAGAUGAUCAAGCAGAGCUCGCGGCACAAAAGGCGACGGUCGCUGCCAUUCAGCACGCAGAGGAGGCCCUCACCUCUGCCCCGCCGUUUGCCUUUACUCCUCGCCUCGACUCUUUUGAAGUGGAGCCCGAUGGCGUGUACGUCUUUCGUCCCACCUUGGCUGAGAUGAAAGAUUUCAGCGAGUAUGUUCGCUUCAUGGAGCUGGUGGGGGCCCACCGCGAAGGCAUCGCCAAGGUGAUUGCGCCUUCUGACUACUGUCCUCGAAAGAGCGGUUAUGACCUCGACGGGCCGGUGGGCGACUUUGUCGUGCGCAGUCCCAUCAAGCAAGUCAGCUUCGGCUCAAAAGGCCUGUAUUUUGUUGAAAAUCAAGUGGUUCCGCGAAUGUCGGCGCGAAAGUUCGCCGCCAAAGCCAGCAAGACAGGGCCCCCUGCCAAGGCCAAGGAUAACCCAUGCGCCAUUGAGCGAGCCUUCUGGCGUUCCAUCGGGUUUGCCCCGGCCAUCUACGGCGCCGAUGUGGAGGGUAGCUUGACAGAUGAUGAUGCCCAAGGAUGGCGCGUCGCCAAUCUUGGCACCAUCUUGGACACUGUGACAGACCGGGAGGGUCGAAAACUACCUGGCGUCAAUACGGCCUACUUGUACUUUGGCAUGUGGAAGGCCAUGUUUUGCUGGCAUACAGAGGACAUGGACCUUUACAGUAUCAACUACAUUCAUACUGGCGCACCCAAGCAGUGGUAUGCCAUCUCCCCGGACCACGCAGGUGACUUUGAGCGUUUGGCCCAUCGGGAGUUUGCGACAGAUUAUCACAAUUGUCGCAACUUUUUGCGGCACAAGACCUCCGUCAUCUCACCAGCCAUUCUCCAGGCCAGCGGCGUACCCAUGGCCAAGACAGUGCAUCGGGCCGGUGAAUUCAUCAUCACGUUUCCUCGUGCCUACCACGCCGGCUUCAAUCAUGGCUUUAACAUUGCCGAAUCAACCAAUUUUGCAACAAAUCGAUGGGUUGACUUUGGUAUGACGGCGGAACCCUGUUUGUGUCGCGAGGACACGGUUCGCAUCAACAUGGAUCCCUUUGUGGAGCGCUUCCGUCCGGCCAUCUGGCAGGAGCGGUUGCAGGCGCAAGCUCGUCUCCGCGCCGCUCGCGAGGCCGAACUGGCCAGGCUUCGGGCAGAGGAAGAGGCAGCAGCAGCUGCUGCUCGUGCCAAAGCCGAGGUCAAAGCUCAGGCCAAGGCCGAAGCCCGGCGUGCGCGAGCCGCGGCUGCUGUGACCACCACCAAAACGACAGAACCAAAGCCCAAGAAAGUAAAACGAUCAACGCCUCCGCCUCGCGCGCCUCGACCACCCAUCACCACGAUCGCCGAAAAGACGUUUGCUCUUGAGGUGGCCCAGAACCGGGAGGCAGCGGCGCGCAGUGAUGGACAGGUCAACUGUGCUGUUUGUCAGCAAAGUGGGACUCUGACCACACAGGCAGAGCCCGUUCUGGGCGCUACGGCGGCACAUUGCCACAUGAUGCGGGUGCAGGGCCACAGGCAUUUGCCGAUUGAGCGAGCUACCGCCGCAACUACCCCAAUACCCUUGUACUUACAGCCCUACAUGGGAACCCAUGACGAAAUGGCAGGCGCGGAGCGUCUGGCCCCGGGCACCUUGGCCCGAUUGGCCAUGACGGACGGCAGUGUUCGCUACAGCCUUCAGCCGCAGCCAGCAACAAAUUCCUCGGGGUCCUCGCCCUCUGGUGCGGCGCCAACUCCCACGAGCUCAGCGCAUGGCUCGAUCGGCACGGGCUCGCCAUACCUGCAUGCCUCAACAGCCGUUUCCACUUCACCACACGCGCCCGCUUCAACGGCGGCCACCGACAGCGCCACGUUCGCGCCCAAUGCUACCGAAAUUCAAGCAGUGCCGGAGCCGGAUUCCUUCCAAUGUUUGCCCCCACAGCACCCGAGGCCCAUGCCAUGCUCGGCUGGCAGCUCGCAGCUCUCGCAAGACAGCACGAAUCUGUCCUCGAACGAGCGACCUGGUUGGGCAAUAACGCUGGGACACAGUAAUCCGCGCGUCUUACCGGCAGGGGCCGUGGACGAAGGACACGACGACAGUGGUCUGCGCAGCAACGAAGAUGAGGAGGAGGAGGCAUUCAAAAAUUCAACACGACCAGGCGAGCCUCAUUGCGAAUCCGUAUCGCAUGAGGACGAGCAAGAAGAAGACGAGGAUGAUGAUGUUGCCAUCAGUGAUGCUCUUCUUCGCUGCCAUUGGUGUGGUGUGGUAGUUCACCGCGAUUGUUAUGGUGUUCAGCCGCACGAACGUGCUCAAGGCUGGCGCUGUGACCGGUGCGUGGAGUCAGCCUUUGUCGUGCGCUGCGCGCUGUGUCCAAUCAUUGGCGGUGCCUUCAAGCGAGUUGUUUAUGAUGCGCGGGCCCCCCAUCCGGCGCAAGCGCCUGCGUGGGUUCAUAUGGCCUGCAUGCAGCAGGUCCUGGAGGCACACUUCGAGGACUCUGAGCGCAAGACCUUGGUUGAUUUACGAGACAUUCCCGUAUCUCGCUAUCGUUUGCGUUGCUCGCUAUGCAAUAAUGCACCGUCUCCGGCAGACUUGGGGAUCACAGACCCCAGCAUCAAGCUGUCGGCCAUGCCCUGGAUCCCAGCUAGCUCAGCAAAUCGGGGCAAGGCACUGGGGGCUUGCAUUCAAACUGUUUUGCUGCCAGGUCAAGAGAGGCCCUCCAUCCUGACGUUUUGCUUGGCUCAUGCGCCCAAGAGUGAGCCGGAACCCGUUCUGUCAGAACUUGAGAUGGGCGAACGAGUGUACGCUCGUUGGAAUGACGGUCUCUAUUAUCGGGGCAAGGUACUGCGGGCCAAGCACCAGCUAGGUUACCUGGUUCAGUUGGCGGACGGCAACAUCACCCCCGUGCUGCCCGCAGCCGUUCAACGGGUGAUGCCUGAUGGUACCACCACACCCUGCGCUGGUGACGACGCGGCACCAACACCAGACACUCCUUUGCUGGUGGCCGCCCGACAAGGCCCGGUGCCCGCCACUUUUGUGGGUGAGACACACACUAAUCGCUAUCAGGUGGCGUUUGAUGAUGGCUACAGUGCCACAUUGGAGCGCCGCUUUAUUUGUACGAGUCCAGACGCUGUGCCCACGGGCCGACUCGCACCAGGUCUCUGA